ACUGUGCCCUUGCUUGCUUGAUGCUGAGACAGAGUGAAGAACGAGAAACAAAGUGCGAGACAGGAAGAUGAAGAUCGACGCCUUGCUAGUUUCCGCAGCAUUGCUUGCAGGCACAGCUGAAUGCUUCACACCGCACCCGUCUCCUCUGCCAAAGCGUUUUCAAAAUCAUGCUGCAACAAGGGCAGCGUUGCCACCAACACGCAGCCGCAAGCGCCCGCGAACAGCCUGGAUGGACAGCGACGGCGCAGCCUCCGCCGCUAGUGUUACCGACGGACGCCUCGUUCCUCCCCCUCCUCCGCCGGGCCUCCCGCCGCGACUCCAAGCAGCCGUUGACAUGCUCGGACAAGACACCGACCUCAAGACGAAGAGCAAGCUUCUCGUAGAACUCGGAGAUGCCUUCGCGAACACCGACGCCGCGGUAUUGCCCGUCGUAGUGCCCAGCGACAGCACGGCGGUGAACGAAGCCUCGGCAGACGGCUGGCACGCGCAUAAAGUGCCCGGCUGCGUCUCGGAGGUGUACGUGGCCGUCCGCGUGGAGGAGAGCCCGCCACCGCCGUCCCGGCGGGGAGGAGCGGCGACGGCGGCGGCGGACGAUUCUCUCGGAGCGGGCGGCGGCGGAGGCGUCGUCUCUAUCCGGGGCACCGCCGAUGCCAGGCUCAGCCGUGGCCUGCUGGCCCUGCUGGCUCUCGGCCUUCAGGGGCAGAGCGCCCGCACGGUCCUGAGCCUGCGGGGCAAGGACCUCGCGGCCGCGGUGGGGAUGAGGGCCGGGCUCACUUCCAGCCGGAUCAACGGGCUGGGGAACGUCUUGGGGGUGAUCCAGGAUCAAGUGCGGGGGCACUUCCGCCGCGCCGCUGCCGCCGCUUCUGCCGCCGCCGGGGCGGCGGACACCCUUCGCCCGACCCUGGUGGACCUGACCGCUGUGCAGGGAGCUACCCCACGAGCGGCCACCAACGCAGGGAAGGUAGAAGCAGCAGCAGCAGCAGCAGCGGCAGCGGCGCCGGCGCAACGAGAGAUAGCGGUGCCUCCGGCAAGCAGAGCAGCAGCAGCCUUGUCGACAUCACCGCCGCGAGCGAGGGUAGAAGCAGCAGCAGCCGCGGCAAGGGGGGAAGCACCAAAGGUAGCAGCAACAGUGUCUGCAGCAGCUUUGUCGAGCAGCAGCACUACUGCCGACAUCACAGCCACCACAACCACCGCUGGUUUGGACCCCAGCCGCAGCUGGGGAGACGACGCGAGCAGCUGGUACCCCCUGCCGGGCGCGGAGAACGAGGUGGCGAUGCUGCUUUCGGGGGGCGUGGACUCGUCGGUGGCGAUGAGACUUCUCCAAGACCAAGGGUACAAGAUCCGGGCGUUUUACCUCAAGAUCUGGCUGGAGGACGAGCUUGCUCACCUCAAUGAGUGCCCGUGGGAGGAGGACCUGGCUUACGCCACGGCGGUGUGCGAGCAGGCGGGUGUCCCCCUGGAGGUCGUCCCGCUGCAGAGGGAAUACUGGGACCAGGUAGUGUCGUACACGGUAAGGGAGGCCCGCGAGGGGCGCACGCCCAACCCGGACGUGAUGUGCAACAGCAGGAUCAAGUUCGGUAUGUUCUACGACCACGUCGGGAAACACUUCCGGCACGUCGCCACCGGGCACUACGCCAGGCUCGAGCACUCGGGCGGCAGCGUCGACAACAAUGCUACCCCUAACGAUCGCAAUGCAGCGGCAGCUGCAGCGGGAACGGAAGAGGCUCCGGUAAGGGUAGCCGCCGGCAGUGACAGGGGGCGGGUCCGACUGCUGCUAAGCCCCGACGCCGUCAAGGACCAGACGUACUUCCUGUGCGCGCUGACCCAGGACCAGCUGCGGAAGGCGCUGUUCCCGCUCGGGGUGUACACCAAGGACCAGAUCCGGGAGCUUGCCGAGAGCUACGACCUUCCCACCAAGCACCGGAAAGACUCGCAGGGCAUUUGCUUCCUCGGCAAGCUCAAGUUCGACGAGUUCCUGCAGCACUACCUGGGCACCUCUCCAGGCGCGAUCGUCGACCAGACCGGGCGACACAUCGGCGAGCACAAGGGGCUCUGGUUCCACACCAUCGGCCAGCGCAAGGGCGUCGGCCCGGGCCUCGUGCCCGGCGUGGUGAACCUCGGCCCGUGGUACGUCGCCGACAAGGACAUGGAGAGCAACGUGCUGGUGGUGACGAACGACCGCGAGGCUAUCGCGAGCCCGAGGGAGGUCUUCCGGGUGGAGGCACUUCAGUGGAUCUCCGGGCGACCCCCCGCCGAGCUCGCGCGGGACGGGUCCAUGCGCUUGCGGGUAAAGACUCGUCACGGCCCGCAGAUGAGAGACUGCUUCCUGCGCCUUGUGCCGGAGGUUGCCCACGGCGACGGCAGCGGCGGAGCCGGUGCGGAAGCGACGGCGGAAGACGGCGUUGGCUCGCCGACGAGGGGAUACGUGAACCUCGACAACAAAGAUUCUGCCCUAGCACCUGGGCAGUUCGCGGCGUUUUACCUCGGCGACGAGUGCGUCGGGUCUGGGGUCAUGUGCGGCUGGUCCGCCGCCGCCGCCGCCGCCGUUGGCGUCGUCGCCGGUGGCGAGGGGGGGAUCGCCGCCGGCUUGGAGCCGGGAGGAGGGUCGGCGCUUCGCCGGCUGGAGGAGGAGCGCGGUGGUGUGUUGGAGUACCGAGGCACCGCCUCGGGGGCGGCUCCUGCUGCUGCCAUGAGACAAUAGCGCAGGCUGGUGGCCACGGCGGGGGAACGCCCGGCGUGAGUUAACACUUGUUUAGUGAUGGUCGUAUGGUUGGGUGGAGAUGUUGAACAAACUUGCGGUCUUGUCUAUCUUCCCAACAAUCUGGCGAGAGGAACAUUAAGGUUGACUCUUUUGUCGGUCGGUGGCUCCUCCCGAAGCACGACGGGACAAAAGCUUGGUUUAGUAUCGGUCUCUUGCGGGUCUAGCCCACGACCAUCGAUGAAAUACGCCUGCUCGUGUUUGAGCAUGCGUGUGGGUUCCGUUGUUUACGUGUCCGAGGGUUUUCCGAGCAGCUGUAGUGCCUUUUGUCCGGUCGGACCCACUCUCUGUGCCGUACCUACCUAGCGCGCUAUGCUGUCGGUGUGAAGUGAAAUGAACGCAAUAUCUCUCUCUGUUCUGGGCACACGAAGCCCCUGUUGCACAGAGCUUGGAAUAAGGAAGAAGACACAAUCAUCCAAGACGU